CCCGAUGGGUUAUGCUUUUCUCCUUUUUCUCCCCUUUUCUUUUCUUUCUUUGCAGGGGUGAAAGUGCAAAAGGAAGUGGAUGGGCUGCCAUUUUAAAAGCCUAGAAAACAACGCGGGAGGGGGACCCACCGCCACACCAACCCAUCUGCUCCACCAUCCAGCUUCAUCCAGUGCCGGGACCCCUCCCCCUACUGGCCAUGGAGGCCCCUCCCCCUCCGGCGGGAGCCACCCCCCCUCCACCCUCCUGCUACACCUACCAGGUGAGCCGCCACAGCGCCGAUCUACUGCAGGGCCUGAACCAGCAACGCAAGGCGGGGGGGCGCUUCUGUGACGUGCUGCUGCGUGUGGGUGAGGAGAGCUUCCCUGCCCACCGGGCCGUCCUGGCUGCCUGCAGCGAGUAUUUCGAGUCCGUCUUUGGUGGGAGCCAUGGCAACAACAACGUCAACACCGAGGGAGAGGGCGGGGCCAAUGCCUCGGCCGCCUCGGAGACAGCCCCCCGGGAGCUGGAGAUGCACACCAUCAGCUCCAAGGUCUUUGGUGACAUCCUGGACUUUGCCUACACCUCGCGCAUCGUGGUGAGGCUGGAGAGCUUCCCGGAGCUGAUGACCGCAGCCAAGUUCCUGCUCAUGCGCUCAGUCAUCGACAUCUGCCAGGAGGUCAUCAAGCAGUCCAAUGUCCAGAUUCUGGUCCCGCCGGCUGCCCGCCCAGACCUCAUGCUUUUCCGGCCCGCGUCUUCCGCCACCACCUCCGCCUUGGAGCUGGGCUUUCCCCUGGACAUGAGCAAUGGGAAUGGGAUCGCCGGGAUGACCGACGACGGGGCCGCCCUCUCCGCCCAGCUGCCUGUCCUGCCUGUUUUCCCGUCUUCCUCCUCGUCACCAGGAAAGCGGGGUCGCGGAAGGCCGCGGAAGGCCAGCGUGCUGGACUCUGUGAUGUUCAGUGCCCCAGGAGGGCUGCGUGAGGCUGGUAUCCUGCCUUGCGGCCUGUGUGGGAAGGUCUUCACUGAUGCUAACCGGCUGCGGCAGCACGAGGCGCAGCAUGGGGUCACCAGCCUGCAACUUGGCUACCUGGACCUGCCCCCACCACCGGGGCCCCCUGCUGCCUUGCCCCGACUGGGGGAGAACGGGCUGCCUCUGGGGGCCGAGGGUGAGCCUCCCCGGAAGCGUAGCCGGACCCGCAAGCAGGUGGCCUGUGAGAUUUGCGGGAAGAUCUUCCGGGACGUCUACCACCUCAACCGGCACAAGCUCUCCCACUCCGGGGAGAAGCCCUACUCCUGCCCUGUCUGUGGCCUGCGCUUCAAGAGGAAAGACCGCAUGUCUUACCACGUCCGCUCCCACGACGGCUCUGUGGGCAAGCCCUACAUAUGCCAGAGCUGUGGGAAGGGCUUCUCCAGGCCAGACCAUUUGAACGGACACAUCAAGCAGGUCCACACUUCGGAGCGGCCUCACAAAUGUCAGCAGGAAAUGGGGAACAGCCUCCAAGGAAUAGGCCCGGCGUCUGCCCCUCCGUCCCUAGAGCCAUUGAGGCACCAAGAGACAUGCCAAGCCUCGUUUGCCACGCGUGACCGGCUGCGCUCACAUCUUGCGUGCCACGAGGACAAGGUUCCGUGCCAGGUGUGUGGGAAGUUCCUGCGGGCAGCCUACUUGGCUGACCACCUAAAGAAGCACAGCGAGGGGCCCGCCAACUUCUGCACCAUCUGCAACAGAGGUUUCUCCUCUGCCUCCUACUUAAAGGUCCAUGUUAAAACCCACCACGAUGUUCCCCUUCCCCAGGUCUCCCGGCAACCGGAGCCCCUCCCGAAUGGGGCGGGGCCAGCCGCCUGCCUCCACAGCGCCAGGACCUAUGGCAUCAAAGGCCCGAAAUGCUCCCCUUUGGACCCGAUUGAGGGCCCCGACCCCUACGGCGACCUCCCGGAUGAGCUGAAGGCGACCCCCGAUCCGGAAGCGCUGGAGGUGACCGAGCGGCGCUUCCCAUGUGCGGAAUGUGGAGGUGUCUUCCGCUCGAAGGCAUUCCUGGGGAAGCACCUGGCCAAGGCUCACCCCCCUCGGCCACCAGGGUCAGGGGUCGCGACCCUGGCUGACCUGGGGGCAUCGCCAUUCUCCCCGCAGCAGAACAUGUCCCUCCUCGAGUCCUUUGGCUUCCAGAUCGUCCAGUCCGCCUUCGCCUCCUCCCUCGUCGACCCGGAAGCCGACCCCUUGCAGCAGGCCCCGCCUCUUGUCCCAGACAGGAAGUGACCCUCGUCUUCCUAUUUUUUUUAGUAUUAAUAAAUAAACAAUUUUCUAUUCUGGGAAUGAUAAUACCAACCUUCAGGGCAGAGCAGAAGCAAGGAAAUGAUCCCAAAAAUGCAUUAAAAUAAUAAUAAUAAUAAUAAUAAUAAUAAUAAUAAUAAUAAUAAUAAUAAUCAAUUAAUAUGUUCAGGGCAAGGCGGAGACAAGGAAAUGAUCCCAAAAAUGCAUAAUAAGAAGAAGAAAAAGAAGAAGAAGAAUAUGUUCAAGACAGAGCAAGGAAAUAAUCCCCCCAAUUAUUAUUAUUAUUAUUAUUCCCUAACUUUAUUUCAUGGAAUUAUUAUUAUUACUAUAAAUAAAUACAUUUGUACAGGGCAGAGUGAACACAAGGAAACAAUCCCAAAAAUACACAAUAAUAAUAAUAAUAAUAAUUUAAAAAAUAAUUCCUUCAAAACAGUAGUAAUAAUAAUAAUAAUAAUAAUAAUAAAUACAGGGCAGAGUGGACACAAGAAAAUAAUCCCCAAAAUUAUUAUUAUUAUUAUUAUUAUUAUUCCGUGAUGUUAUUUCAUGGAAUUAUUAUUAUUGUUCUUAAUAAAUACAUAUGUUCAGGGAAGAGUAAAAAUAAUCACAAAAUAGUAUUGUUAUUACACACAAAAAAAUUGGUGAAUACAUAUACACGCACACAAACACACACACUUUAGGCCCCGCCCCUUUGUUGCCUCUACCCUUUGAGGGUAGAAUCAGUUUGAUUGACAGGCGAGGAAAAAAUACUGAAAUAAUAGAACAAUAGUAAUAGAAUGGAAGGAAUAGAAAAAAGGAAACGAAAUUAAAUAAUAGUAAUAAAAGAAUGAAAUAAUGUUCAUUUUGGGAUUAUUUAACAAAUUUAAAUUGGCCAUUCAUAUAUAUAUAUAUAUAUAUAUAUAUAUAUAUAUAUAUAUAUAUAUAUCUUCAAUUUCAAAAACAGAAGGACUAAAUGAACAAAUGAAAAUUAACAUUGAUUUUAUAUACCUGAAUUUCAGUCGCUAAUUAAUGAGGAAAUAUUCCUUCUUAUUAAUUAAAUGAUAUUAAUUAAUACUAAUUAAUAUCAAUUAAUAUAUCAAUUAAUUGAUAUUAAUUAAUAGUAAUUAAUAUUAAUUAACUUCUAUGAAUUAUUGCUAUUAUAUUUUAUGGUUUUUUUCUUUCUUAGCGCCUCUUUUCUAAUAGUAAUGAUUUGCUACUGAAAAGAAUUUGAUUCUUAGAUGUAUAAUAAUUAAUAAAUAGUUGAUUGUUUUUCUUUCUUUUUAAUGGGAUUUAAUAGAAGCAAAUGAUUAAAUAUUUCUUUUAUAUUAUAUAUAUAUAUAUAUAUUAAAACGCACUCGAGUUGGAAUAUAUUUCUGGUUAUUUGUUAAGGUUUUUUGUUUUCGUUUAUUUCUUGACAAAAAUGUAUAUAUAUAUAAAAAUGGUUUUCGGAGUUUUCAAUUAAAGGCGUUUAUAGAGUA